AUGGAACAUACGGUGGUCCUUGCGGGUGAAAUGGUUGUUCUGAUAGCUGGGGUUACGGGUAUAGGUAUGCUGCAUGGAUGGACAGAAGGAGUCGGUUACCAUAUGCGAGCCUAUUACACCCCGCUAUGGCUAUGCGCGGCACUGAUGUGUUUGCUGCUGGUGCUUAUUCUUUCCCUGUUUCUGGUUUUCGUUUGCCUUCUCUCGGAUCAUCCGGGUGUGAUCAAGCAGCACAUCAUCUUAUUGGCCUUUUCCUGGCCAGUAGCCGUGCUGCUGAUCGUUGCCGGUGUGGCGACCAGUGCUCCGAUCCUAGUCGGACUCCUGCUCAUCCUCUACUUCACCGCUCUGCUCCCAUUCGCCCGUCACUACAACAACGCCAAGUGGACCCCCAUAGCUAGUCCACCCGUCUGA